ACUGAACUGGUGUAGUGUGCAUGUCUCAUUGGGGGCUGAAGGAGGAGACCUGAUCAUCAUCAGGAAAAAAAAUUAAGAGGGGGAAUCGUCCGGAAAAGAUAAGGCCCCUGCCACCGUUAGCUAGGAUUUUUAAUGUAGAUAGCAAACUCUGUCACUCGUAAUACUGCAUUAUUCGCUACAUGAUGAUCAGCAAAUUAUUGCUAUUUUAAACUGCAUUAGCUAGCAAUCUAGCUAGCUUUAGUACAGCUAGUUUGCUAGCCGUACUAGACCUUUAAAAAACAAAGGCGUGUUUUUAGAAUAUUUUUUCUUGCUUUACCUCGAUACAAGUUGGAGGGUUUAAAUCUAGCCGGGUAGCUCACUGACUAAUGGGCAAUUUUACAGGCGCGCUCGGUUGCUAUUUGGGCGUAUUUUGGGCUUGGUUCUUGGGCGGCUAGGCUAAAAGUAAGGAGACUGAACCGAUGUCGCGACAGCCCAGCUUGUCCCGCCGUCUUCGGCACCAGAGUUUCUGAGCGCAGAGGAGUGUCCGAAAGGGAGGCCGACCGCUACAGAAAGACAUAUUGCUUAGACUUUUUAACGGAACGGUAGAUGGCUUGCUAGCUAGUGCAUGUGACGGAAGCAAGUUAUCAGAAUAGAGCAACGGAGCGCAGACGCCGGGCCUCUUCUUUUCCCACUUAAACAUUGUCCCCGGUCCUCCCUCUUCGCGGUCGGCAGAGAUCCUUUCAGGAGACGUCGGUUUGUGGGGACUAGCCUAGCUACUUGAGAGCCAGGCCCCCACUCCCUCCAAGUCUCCUUGCUCUUUAUUCCGCUUUCCUGUUUCCGAAGGGGAGUCACUAUACUAAAAUUAAGUGUGGUGCGUUGCGUCCCGUUAAAAUCGGGCUUCUAAAAUACAAAGGUGAUGACUUUAGAGUCCAUGAUGGCUUGUUGCCUGAGCGAAGAGGCGAAGGAGUCGAAACGAAUCAACGCCGAGAUCGAUAAGCAGCUCCGCCGAGACAAGCGCGACGCGAGGAGGGAACUGAAGCUGCUUCUCCUCGGCACGGGCGAGAGCGGCAAGAGCACCUUCAUCAAGCAGAUGCGCAUCAUCCACGGCACGGGCUACACGGACGAGGACAAGCGCGGCUUCACCAAGCUGGUGUACCAGAACAUCUUCACCUCCAUGCAGUCCAUGAUCCGCGCCACCGAGAACCUCAAGAUCGGCUACAAGUACGAGGAGAACAAGUCCAACGCUAUGCUGGUGAAGGAGGUGGAUGUGGAGAAAGUGUCUGCCUUCGACCACCCCUACGUCAACGCAAUAAAGAUGCUGUGGACCGACCCGGGCAUCCAGGAGGCCUACGACAGGCGGCGAGAGUACCAGCUGUCAGACUCCACCAAAUAUUAUCUUAACGAUUUAGACCGCAUAACUUCGCCGGGGUACGUCCCCAACCAGCAGGACGUACUGCGGGUUCGAGUGCCCACUACCGGCAUCAUUGAGUACCCCUUUGAUCUGGAGAGUAUAAUCUUCAGGAUGGUGGACGUGGGCGGGCAGCGGUCCGAGCGCAGGAAGUGGAUCCACUGCUUCGAGAACGUCACCUCCAUCAUGUUCCUGGUGGCCCUGAGCGAGUACGACCAGGUCCUGGUGGAGUCCGACAAUGAGAACCGGAUGGAGGAGAGCAAGGCCCUGUUCCGGACCAUAAUCACGUACCCGUGGUUCCAGAACUCCUCCGUCAUCCUCUUCCUCAACAAGAAGGACCUGCUGGAGGAGAAGAUCAUGUACUCCCACCUGGUGGACUACUUCCCCGAGUUUGACGGCCCCCAGAGGGACGCCCAGGCGGCGCGGGAGUUCAUCCUGAAGAUGUUCGUGGACCUGAACCCCGACAGCGACAAGAUCAUCUACUCCCACUUCACCUGCGCCACGGACACCGAGAACAUCCGCUUCGUCUUCGCCGCCGUCAAGGACACCAUCCUGCAGCUCAACCUGAAGGAGUACAACCUGGUGUGAGAGAGACACUGCAGCCCACGCACAACACACACACGCACGCACACACACACACACACACACACACACACACACACACACAACACCUGCCAGGUUAGGCCCGCCCUCUGCCCCAAUGUCCUCUUCCUGAUUUUCACGCCAGCUGAACGGCCCGGAGCUUGGUUGCCAGGCAACACUCCCGGGCUCCGCCCACCUCUCGCUCCUCGUCGUCCAAUCGGAAAAUCAAAGUCGCACCCGGUGUCAUAGCUUCAACCAGUGGGGCCCCUCUGCUCCUGCGGCCUCGGGCCGGGUCUGAUUCAUGGUGAAAUUCCGCUCUGCCCCCCCUUUGAGAAGGAUUGGGGGGGGGGGAGCUUCCUGAUUUGGGAGCAGUGUGGGCAGACUGUUUGAAGCCGUGGCUGGCAGGGGGAGAAGGUGCAUUUUCAAAGGGCAGAGAGAAGCUGGCUUGAAAACUGGAAGAUGCCCCCCCCCCCUCCCCUUCCUGAUGGUGGGGGCUGGGGGGGGGGUGGGGGUCCCCAGGAGGAUUGUGGGUAACCUGGUACGCACAGUAGUGUAUGAAAAUCAUUUUAAAUGCGUGGAGGCAAUGAAGAAGCAUUGUGUUGGAGGGGUCAUCUCCGGGUGAUGAGGUGAAUUUCUUCCACACGUCUCUGCUGGGGCUAGACUUUACCUUGCAUCGUUGAAUGUAACUUUCAAGUCUAAGCGUAGAAAAUAACACACUCGGACCUAGAGAGAGAGGGGGGGAAGGAAAUGGAAAAUCAUUCAAAUCCUAUGUGUAUAUUGCUGACAAUUCUUUAAACAUUUAUAAUCAUUUUUACUAUUGCUACUAGUACUACUACUACUACUACUAUCAGAUAAACAGUAAAGGAAAUUAAAAUAACAGAAGACAAGAUAGAAAAAAAAAAGAAAGAAAAAAAUAAAUAACGACUUAAAACUUUGAAAUAACCAGAAAGGGUAAUGAAUUAUUUGACAGCAAAGCUAUUUGCAGAUUUCUUUAUUUGAGCCCAAUCUGACUUUGAUGGCCCCUUCUGAAUUAUAUGACGAACCUUAUCGAACUUUAUCACAUGUGCGCUAACAGCAGAAAUGUUUGUAUGAAAUUCUGUUUUCUUUGUUUUCCUUACCACAGUGUUGUUUGACGCAAAAUAGAUGAGUUUUGUGCAACAGUGAUUUUUUUAUUGCCACAUCACGUUUGGCUUUAUUUUAUAACCCUAACCCUUACUGUAUUAUACAUUUUGCCAAAAUUUAUUGAAUUUCCUGUGCUACACUUUUGCUGCUGAUUCACCAAAUUCCGAAUCGUUUGUAAACAUCGACUGAAAACCAUCAGUAGCAUCUUUCGCUCAUGCAGUCUUGGCACUACGAAAACCCAGUGAAAAAUUUCCACUCUAUUGCUGGGGGUUGGGGGUUGGGGAGGGGGGGGGUGGUCUUCUAAAACGUGCGAAAGCAGACUAUACCUGUGCAUGUGCGUGUGGACACACUCGUACAUGUGUACGUGUGUGUGAACACUACCUGAAUCUGUGGUACACUAACUUUGGUUCAGAGAAAACUUCUUGUUCUUUUCCUUACCAUGUACUGUUGGGUCAUUUCAUGGUCAAGUCUGCCAGAGAAAAAAGUGGAAAUUUGAUGCUUGGCCGUGUUAAGUUUUUGCCGUAAUUUUAGACGCUGUUUUGAGGACGCCUUUUGAGGAUGCACGAGGGUGGAGUUAAGGAAAAAACUAAAACUUUUAUUCUUAUUUUUCUCUCUUCCCUCAUGUUAUGAAGUUUAGAUCUGUCCAGUGAAAAUUAAAUAGCAAAACAUAUAUAUAUAUAUAUAUCUGUACGUACACUUGGAAAAAUCGAUCAUAAAUAUCGGCAUUUUCGACUUGUUAGACUGGCACCGACUAAAUCUUUUCCAGAAAAUGUCAUUUUGCUUCAACUGUGCAUAUUCAAUGUAAAUGUAUUGCUUACUCUGAGAAAAAAAUCCAAUCAAAUUAUCGGGCUAAGUGAGACUAAUAAAUGAAAGUAAUUGGGGUGGGGGUGAGGGGGGGGGGGGGGGUUCUUGCUUGACAACCAUACAAUUUUCUUGGUGACAGCUCUGCUGAAACACAGCACGCCUGGAGAUCCAUUCAAGAGCAUUAAUUUCUUCAUUAACAAGUGUCCUGUUUUUUUUUUGUAAUGGUGUUUCUUUUCUUUUUUUUAUAACGUGCCAUCCUCUUGAUUUUUCUCGAGAUAUUUGCGAAAGGUGAAGGUCAAACUACGGCAAACGUGACAAGAAAUGACCUUUUUUUUGAUGUUGCUCAUAUGAAUUAAAAAAUUAUUUGAUACUGUGAUUGUUUCUUUUGUUUUGUUUUUUUUUUCUCAUUUUUUAUUGAAGUUAAAUACGAGUAGCUGUACUUUACUAUGUGGUUGAACAGUUGGAAUGGCAAUGAGCUUAUAGUGUGAUGUAACCGAUUUUGAGAAGUUUUUGUUGUGAACACCUGGAGAGUCCUCCACAUAACGCUACAGCUCAGCGGUGUAAAGAUUGCUUAUUUUGGUUUCGUUUCCCAUUUGGGGCUAUGUAAUGAGAGAAGUGAAUUAUAAAGGAGAAGUAAAUAGUUUUAUUUAUCUAAUUUAUGGACCAGAUUGGUAGGUGUUGAUGACUCUCUCUGCUCUCAUAGUGAGAUGGUCUCAAACAGCUAUGAAAGUGGGGGAUACUCUCUCAACUGCUGUAAAAAAAAAAAAACACACAUUUUAUCGGCUUUUUAGACUUCUUUUCCCACACUUGGCUGUUGCCAUUCUUUUAUGGUUGUUUAUUUACAUGUGGCAGUCCUAUUUCUAAAAUAAAAAAAAUAAUAAAAAAGUCUACUUAGUGUGAGGAUGGAAGAUUAAUUUUCAUAUUGAGGCAGUGCUUUAUGCGAAUGUAGGAAUUUGAAAAAGAUAAAAUAUCAGUGUCUGAAGCUCUCUGUCUGGUCUAUGCUUGCAUUGAUUUUGUAAUAUGAAAGUAUUUUUUUUUUUUUUUUUUUGUAUUGUUUUGGUUUGCUUUUAAUCCCAUUGCUACGUUUUUGGCGUAAAAUCGUUCCAGAGAUCUCGUAGGCAGUGAGGUCUCUCUUAUAGUUGGCUGGUUUUUUCCGUCUCCGUCGCGUGAAUCCAGGUGACUCUUCGUACGUUUUCAUUACAAGGGCUACUAACCUGCAUAAAAACCGAAAGGUCGGCGAAUGGGAGGACUCGAUGGAUGACGGUCGAGCCACGGGGUGUCUGAACGGGGGGGUCAGGGUGCGCAGUGCAUGAACGGGGGCGGGGGCCGUCCGUGGGUUCUGGAUCGUUAGGCCGCUCCCACAUGCCCAGCUUUGGAAGGAGUCCAAGUAUUGGCCUUGUAAUUUUAAGAUGAAUCCGUCAUCUUGUUUCUUUGUUUUUUUUUUGUUUUUUUUUUUUUUUUUUUUUAGAACAGUGCCCUGGAUGGGCAGGUGGUUGACUGUGCGGAAUGAGAACCCCCCAGGGGUGAGAGGGACAGUGCCGUUAUCUCGUGGAGUGGUACUACCACCGCAAAAAUCAUCGCAGAGAGUCUCGGUCAGAUACUUUACUGAACCUCACAAACCAUGCUUCCUACUGCUACUACACUUGAUUGUAACACCUGAAAAUCUAGUUGAUUUUUUCUUUUUUGAGAAAAUGAUUUUGUAUCGAGCUGAAUCAUAGCGGAAGACAUCCGUGUGCUUGACCCGUUUCAGUUUGGCCUCCCAUAGAUACCCGUAGUACUGAUCUUGUGCAUUACAGCACCCUCUACUGGCAGGAGACAGAACACACAAGAAUUAAGAGUGAAUGGUUUGGCUUGUAUUUACCGUGUUAGGACUCGAGUGGGGGAACUAGCCAGGAGUUGAAACUAAGAUUGGAGGGGCAUGUGAGCCUAAUCAAUAACAUAAUGGACUUUACAUAAAUUGUCAGUUGCCGAAGUACCAGCAAAUUGCGGCCAAUUUCUUGAGGACGGGACGGUUGGGUUACUUAAAUCUUCCCCUGCUUUCACCCCACUUCCUGUUUCUGCACAGAGGGGUGGAUGAGGCUUGUAAGGCUGGUGUUAGGCUUCACGGUUUUCUUGCUGUAAUUUCCCCGUUCUGUCACGGCUCUUUUGUCCGCGGAAAAGUUACGGUGAAAGAACCCGCGAACGUGGCGCUGUACUCCACCGCCACCGAGAUUUGUGCGCGCUCGAACGCUCUGAUGACGGCUAGCUCUCUGUGAAUCACUACAGUACACGUAUCAAAUUCCGUUCGCUAUUCUGCGUUUUUAUUGGUGCUGUCAUUUGUGUGUCUUUAAAAAUCCGGUUGUGGUUCGGUGCGUGAUUCCCCAGGCUUAGAUCACCUCUGCGUGACCCAGUGUUGUCUGAUAGUCAGCAGUCCUCUACCGGUCAGAAGUUCGAAAACCAGACCGUGUGUGCUCAGUAAAUACCGUAAGAUAACGGGGACGAUACAGUUUACCUUUUGCACCUCCCGCCUAUUAUACCCGCUUAUUCAGAACCGUCGAUGGUUAGCAGCUUAUGUACCCGUACGUGGCUGGUUGUACACUUUUAAAUUUCUAGCACUACAAGUUAUACGUGAGCUGUGGAGGUGGGCCGGUCAAAAUUUGUGCAUCGAAUCACAAAAAAAAAAAAAAAAUGAAUGUAAAUAUCGGUUUGCCAGUCUCGAAUGGUCAAGUUCUACCGUAGUCACUUGUUGAGGGUGGGAUGUGCAAUGAGGAGAGGCUGCUUGGUAUGGAGCGUUGCGUGGUCUUUCAGACGAUGUGUUGUUAAUUUUCUACGUUUACCUUGACGGGCACACUCUACAACCCCACACCAGUUAACCUGAGGUUUGGAUCCCGCAUUGGAGUUGUGGGUACACAGUGACACACUUCAGGGAGUGUGUGAGACUCCCUUUAUCGAGUUAUCGAGUCCUCCGGGUGGUUCAGUGGCAGUGGCGUUUCUUCAGUUAAGGACUUGCUCUCCGCUUCUUACAGUCACCGGUGUUUGCCUGUGGGCCAGUGUACAGGGGGUACCGAGUAUUAAAUGAAUCUGUGUUCUGGGCAGUGUUUGCUGGUGAAUAAGCCGAGCGUUCCUUUCACCGUUCUCUCGCGUUGAUGUUGGAGUCAAAGUACUAAAAAAAAAAAAUUUUUUUUGAAAAAUAAUUCUACAGUUGAUUUUCUGAUUCUGUGGCAUGGUGGGGUACGGUGAUGUGACCGAAAAAGAAGAAAACACCGUUUCCCGUUUUAUUCCGGUUACGCGCGUGAACGGUGGGUCAGCUAUGCUGAGGGGGAAGGCAGUAUUCUGUGCAGUGUGUAGUAAUGGGGAAACGGAAGCAUGGGUAAUGCCUGUGACUAGACUGAAGAUAUUGUUUAUAGCUGUUUUAGCGGGAAAGCUACUUGUUUUGUGCACUAAAACGGCACUGAAUGUCACAGGGGGUAACAGUACACUACCAAAGGAAAGCUGAGAUCGAGAUGGGGUGAGAAUCGCAGUGAGGAAACGGGGGGUGUUGGAUGUCUCUGCUCGUUCCUGUCACACAGUUCAGGCCUGCUCUAUCUGAGCUUUAAAUGCUACAAGGCGUUACACCAUCUGUGUGGAGACUGGUUACUUCAAACUGCAGCGUUGCCGGUGUGCGUGCGUGUGUGUGCGCGCGCGCGCAUGCAUGUGCGUUUGCGUGCGUGCCCGUGCGCACGUGAAUGCGUGCACGCGUACAUAUACGUGCAUGCGCGUGCACGUGCAAGUAAGCGAGAGGUGGUUUCGCGACACUUUUGGCGUUUCUCCCCCGUGCGUGGAUCCCCUGUCCUGUCCCCCGGGGGGGGUAAUGCACUGAACCCAUCCCGCUCUUUAGGGGCCUGCUUGGGUUCCUGCCAGUUCCCUUCAUCGGUUAAUUCGUUCAGGAGCUCUGCUGGUACUAUGAGAGGUCUUCUUCAUAACUGAUGGAUUUUACGCUUUUUUGCUUGACAUCCACGCCGAGGUGUUGGAUACAGAGAAUUUUAAGCUUGUUUUAUUUUAUUUUUAUUUUUUGUUGUUUUUUUGUUUUUUUUAUUGGCUGAUAAUUACCUGAACACUAUUGUAUGUAGGACCACUUAAUAUAAUUGUCUUUUUUAAAUAAAAAAAACAGGAUAAUUAAACAUUGUGUAGUGGUGUAUAAAAUUAAAGUAAUGUAUUAUGUUUUUUCUGUUUUUCUUUAUUUUAUUUUUUUUUAAGUAUACCAAAUGUAAAUGAUGUACUAUAAUGAGUGUGCCAAUCUUCCUUUGUAGAGCCAGACUCUUUUCAAGUGCCAAUGUUGUGAAAAUCAUUAUGGGCCAAUGUAUUUUAUGGUCCAGUUUUUAAAACAAAUAAAACACUAAAUAUGUGCUAGAAAUGAAUGGAAAACGACAACUUAAUUCUGUAUUUAAGAUUAAAAGAGAAACUGCUGUUUUUAAAGAAUUGUGUCAUUUUAAUUGCAUGUGUUUUGGUGGGGUUGGGGGUGGGAGAGACAAGAAAAUGUAUUAAUGCAAAACCCUUCUUAAAAGGGCCAUAAAGGUUAUUGAUUUAAAGUAUUUUAGCCAUAUUUCUUUUUUGUAUUUGUUUCAUUUCAACCACUGUUGCCUGAACCUCAUUCAAACAUGAAAUGAUUUUCAUAGCCUUCUCCUACAAAGAAAAAAAACGAUUUAAAAAAAAUUAUCUGUUUUAAAUUGGAAUAAAAACUGUUCCUAUA